UUGUAACUCAUGUGAUUGUUGUUGCUUUGGAGCUCUUUGUUUGGGUUUUUGAGGUUUUAAAUGUGCAAAGUGAAAUUCAAGUAGGGAAAUCUCAGCUAAAUUCAAGUUGGAAAUCUCGUGGCUGCCUGAACAAACGCUCCCACAAGAUCGAGAAUGCCAAAAAGACAGUCCAACCUGUCGACAAAAGUAUGGCAGGACACUAA